CGAUGGCUUGGAUUUUGGUUCGAACUUCUAAAACCCCAGGCCCAAUCCUCCCUUGGAUUCUGCCACCGCUGCUCUCCUUUCCUUUUCUCAUCAAUUCAAGUGUUCCUUCUGAAAUUGGGGCGUCACAUUAACUUCUAUUCAAAUUUUCGUUUUUUCAUCUUCUCUUCAAUCAACAAGAAAAAGUAAAAGCAGAUUCAAGAAAAGUUAGGAGAAAGUUCUGAAAUUGCAAUGAAGGGGAAAGAAACGAAGAGGGGGUCCUCAUCCACUAAUUUGGAUUCCCACGAACCCAGAAUGGACAUCAAGUCCAUUCUGAAAGAUAUUGAAUUUUUGGGAUCCUCACACAUGACAUGGAAACAGAAAAAGGACUUGGAGAAUAAGAAGGUAGUGUCACUUGGUGGAAAGCCUCCAAAGAAACAGAGGCUACCUCUUAGUGUUGCAAGAGUUGCAAUGAAGAAUCAAAAGGGAAGAGAAGGAAAAAUGCUUCAAGAGAGAGCUAUACUCGGAAGGUUUGGAGCCUACAGUAGCAGUAGUUCGAAGAAGGUGGCAGAGAGGCGGCCAGCAGAGGACAGAAUUUUGAAGUCGAUUCAAGGCAAUUUCAGAAAAGGGGUUCUCAACGUCGGACAUCUGUUACAACCCUCAGCCCCUGAAGCAUCUAACGACAAGGGCAGACACCCUACCGGUAAAGGGAAGAAGAAGAAGAAAGACAACGGCAAAAAAAGUCAUGGCAAGAGAAAGGGUGGUGGUGGUAAGAAGCGUCACUAGGAAUAUCUCAAAUUUACCCUUUUGAAUCCUUCUUCGGCUCGCUCAAGUAAGCUUGUGGAACAUAUACAUUAAUGGCCUGUAGCUCGGAUAUGUUUUGCUGCUCAAUAUAAUGAAAUUUUGUGCUGCUAA